CAGAUUCUGUUUUCAUCAAAACUGUUGUCUGAUACAGAGAAGAACAUUGCAAUUUCAAUCAUGCCUUUUGGGUUCGUCUCUGCAUGGAACAAGCGCCGAAGGAGCAAGUCCGAGGAUAACACUAGCUCUUGGAUGUACAAACCUGCGGAGUACUGGCAACUUGAAGAACAAAAACCUGCGCCACCAGCAAAAAGAUACCAUGGAUCAGCAGUUUUCACAUUCAAGGAAAUGGAUAAAGCAACUAAGUCAUUCAGCGACGAAUUUUUUCUGGGGAAAGGAGGAUUUGGCCGUGUUUAUAAAGGCACCUUAUCUUCUGGAGAGGUUGUAGCGAUCAAGAAAAUGGAGUUACCCUCGUUCAAGGAAGCGGAAGGUGAACGUGAGUUUCGGGUGGAAGUCGAUAUCUUGAGUAGAUUGGACCACCCGAAUCUUGUUUCCUUGAUAGGAUAUUGUGCUGAUGGGAAACAGAGGUUUUUGGUUUAUGAGUACAUGAUGAAAGGGAACUUGCAAGAUCACUUAAAUGGGAUCGGUGAAGGGAAGAUGGAUUGGCCUCUAAGGCUUAAAGUUGCACUUGGCGCAGCAAGAGGAUUAGCUUAUCUACAUUCGGGUUUGGCAGUUGGGAUUCCGAUCAUUCAUCGAGACUUCAAAUCUACCAAUAUUCUUUUGAACAAUAAUUUUGAAGCCAAGAUAUCGGACUUUGGGCUAGCCAAACUUAUGCCCGAGGGUAAGGAGAGUCAUGUCAUGACGGCUAGAGUUCUCGGCACUUUUGGCUACUUUGACCCCGAGUACACAUUGACAGGGAAACUGACUCUACAGAGCGAUGUUUAUGCUUUUGGAGUGGUUAUGCUAGAACUCUUGACCGGGAGGAGGGCCGUGGACUUGAACCAAGGACCGUGUGAUAAGAACUUGGUAUUACAGUUGAGGCACAUGGUAACCGACAAGAAGAAGUUGCGAAAGGCCAUAGAUUCAGAGAUAAGCAGAAGUUCAUACACCAUGGAAUCCAUUUCAAUGUACGCGAAUCUAGCAUCUCGUUGUGUUCGUCAAGAAAGUACCGAAAGACCCUCCAUGGUUGAAUGCGUAAACGAGAUUCAAAACAUUUUCUUAGUUAACUCGAAAGGGUUGGGCAUGACUAUGCAUACGUUUAGAAUGGUCUGAUGCAAGACAUAUUUACAUAAGAACUGGACUUCGUGUAUUAUUUUUUCAACAAAGAAGUUGUAUGUUGAACAAUAAAAGCAAUUUAAUGACAAAUUAAGGUUAAUAAUAUCAUGUACCUCGUUUAGCUAA